AUGAAGAAGACAAUGGAAGAUCCAAGCAAGAUUAUGAGAAGAUCAAUCCACACUUUCCUCCAAAACUACCACCGCGCCACCACCGCAGCCGCCGUCGUCCUCCCUUUCUCAGCCGCUCUCCUCCUCUCUCAGCCCUUCUUCUCGUCUUCCUCAUCCUCCCUUCACGCGAGGCUAAACACGCUCUUCCGUGGUGCCGGUUUCUCUUCUUCUCUUGAUUUCUUCAACAUUUUAAGCCUUAAACUCUCCCAAACUAUUUCUUCCUCUUUAUUCACUCUCCCUUUCUCCCUCACUUUCCUCCUCUUCUCCAAAGCUUACAUCAUCAAACUUCUUUCAAGCAAUCCUGAAGAGUCCUCUGUUUAUUACCUUCGUCUUCUCAGGACUUACAUUUGUAACACUUUCUUCCUUAUCUCUGCAAACGCCUCUGCUUUUGCUCUGUUCUUCCUAGCAUUCAAUCUCCUAGAAUCAUUUGGGUUCUCUUCAAGAAACUUCUACACUUUCUUCUCCUUAUCCUCAGCGAUUAUCUACUCGAUAAUCCUCGCAAACGCCUUUGUCAUCUCCAAUCUAGCCUUGGUUUCAUCAACUUCUUCUUCCUCAGGAGGAUACACAACGAUUCUCAAGGCGUGUCUUAUGAUCCGCGGAAGAACUUCAACAGCAUUGGCUCUUGCUCUGCCUACGAACCUCGGCUUAGCUGGAGUCGAAGCUUUGUUUCAAUACAGAGUCGUGAAGUCUUAUUACGAAAGAGACAGAGAUAUUGCAUCCAUAGCUCUUGAAGGAACCUUCAUAGCUUACUUAUACGCGAUCUUCUUGGUUCUCGACACCAUAGUCAACUUCCUGUUUUACCAAAGCUGCAUCAAGAACGACGAGGAUCAAAAGAUGAGUAGAGAAGACGAGUACUCGAUCAAGAUCCAAAUCUGCGAAACAGAGAACACAAAGAUAUGCAUCAAAGGACCAAAGGGUUUCCAGGAAAUCUUGUGA